UGCAGCGGUCGUGGGUGGCGUCACUGCGUUGCGCCAGCUGAGGCCAGUGGUGGGCAGCCCAGCUGUCUUUCCUUCACCUGUGGCUCGCUGGUUCCUCCGUCGCCUGUCGACCCGGCUUCCAUGUCCCUGGUGGGCACAGCAUCCCGGAAUCGCAACGCCCAUGGCCGCUAGUCUGAGAGGGACCGCGAUCUCCUCCUCUCCCUGUACCUCGAGCUGCGACACUGAUGACGAGGGCGUGCGCGGCACCUGUGAAGAUGCUUCUCUGUGCAAGAGGUUUGCUGUAAGCCUUGGCUACUGGCAUGAUCCUUACAUCCAAUAUUUUGUGAGACUGUCUAAGGAAAGGAAGGCCCCAGAAAUUAACAGAGGAUAUUUUGCCCGAGUUCAUGGUGUCAGUCAGCUUAUAAAGGCAUUUCUACGGAAGACAGAAUGUCAAUGUCAAAUUGUGAACCUUGGGGCUGGGAUGGAUACCACCUUCUGGAAAUUAAAGGAUGAAAAUCUUCUCCCAAGUAAAUAUUUUGAAGUUGACUUUCCAAUGAUAGUCACAAGGAAGCUACAUAUCAUCAAAGUCAAGCCUCCCCUAUCAAAACCCAUCAUAGAACUGCAUUCAGAGGGAACAUUUCAAAUGGAUGGACAAAUAUUAGAUUCAAAGAGAUAUGCCAUUAUUGGAGCCGAUCUCCGAGACUUAUCUGAACUGGAGGAGAAACUAAAGAAAUGUAACAUGAACACACAAUUGCCAACACUCCUGAUAACUGAAUGUGUGCUGAUUUACAUGACUCCAGAGCAGUCUGCAAGCCUUCUAAAGUGGGCAGCCAACAAUUUUGAGACCGCCAUGUUCAUAAACUAUGAACAGGUGAACAUGGAAGAUCGGUUUGGGCAGAUAAUGAUUGAAAACCUACGGAGACGGCAGUGUGACCUGGCGGGAGUGGAAACAUGCAAGUCUUUAGAAUCACAGAAAGAACGGCUCCUGUCCAGUGGUUGGGAAACAGCAUCAGCAGUCGACAUGAUGGAUUUGUACAGCAGGUUACCACGAGCUGAAGUGAAUAGAAUAGAGUCACUUGAAUUCCUGGAUGAAAUGGAGCUUCUUGAGCAGCUCAUGCACCAUUACUGCCUUUGCUGGGCAACCAAAGGAGGACGUGAACUAGGUUUGAAGGAGAUCACUUAUUAAUCUGUUCAGGGAUCAUGCUGAGCCAGAAGCUGAAGCCACUAGCCUUCCUGGAUGAGACACAUUGAGCUUCCUGAGUAAAGAGUGGCCUCAUCUCCCUGGUCUUAUCCUACACUCUGAAAAACCUCAGUUACUGGGAUUGCCAUAUCAUAUUCUUUUCCUGUUGACUUUUCAUUAUUUAAUUAAAUCUGUUGCCAAUUG